GGCCCGGCCGGUUGGUGUGGCCCGUCAGCCCGCGCUCCGUAGCCUCCGCGCGGCGUAGCCUCCGCGCGGCGCCCAGCGAAGUCGAGUCGAGCCGAGGCGGCCAGGUCCAGCGCGGGCGGCGCGCGCUGACGGAGGGCGGCGGCCGCGGCCAGGGCGGCCCGUGGGACCGCGGGCCCCCGGCGCAGCGCCGCCCGGCUCCCGCUCCUGGCCCUGCCGGCCUCUUCCCUCGGCGCCGCGGCCAUGGCGGCCAGCGCGAAGCGGAAGCAGGAGGAGAAGCACCUGAAGAUGCUGCGGGACAUGACCGGUCUCCCGCACAACCGAAAGUGCUUCGACUGCGACCAGCGCGGCCCCACCUACGUGAACAUGACGGUCGGCUCCUUCGUCUGUACCUCCUGCUCCGGCAGCCUGAGAGGGUUAAAUCCACCACACAGGGUAAAAUCUAUCUCCAUGACAACAUUCACACAACAAGAAAUUGAAUUUCUGCAAAAACACGGAAAUGAAGUCUGUAAACAGAUUUGGCUAGGAUUAUUUGAUGAUAGAUCUUCAGCAAUUCCAGACUUCAGGGAUCCACAAAAAGUGAAAGAGUUCCUACAAGAAAAGUAUGAAAAGAAAAGAUGGUAUGUCCCUCCAGAACAAGCCAAAGUGGUGGCAUCCGUUCAUGCAUCUAUUUCAGGGUCCUCUGCCAGUAGCACAAGCAGCACACCUGAGGUCAAACCACUGAAGUCUCUUUUAGGAGAUUCAGCACCAGCACUGCACUUAAAUAAGGGCACACCUAGUCAGUCCCCAGUUGUAGGUCGCUCUCAAGUGCAGCAGCAGGAAAAGAAGCAGUUUGACCUUUUAAGUGAUCUUGGCUCAGACAUCUUUGCUGCUCCAGCACCUCAGUCAACAGCUACAGCCAAUUUUGCUAACUUUGCACAUUUCAACAGUCAUGCAGCUCAGAAUUCUGCAAAUGCAGAUUUUGCAAACUUUGAUGCAUUUGGACAGUCUAGUGGUUCGAGUAAUUUUGGAGGUUUCCCCACAGCGAGUCACUCUCCUUUUCAGCCCCAAACUACAGCAUUUAGAAUGCUUUCAUCUAGCUGCAGUUUUGGUGAAUUUACUUCAGCUUUUCCUCUCCAGGCUUCCAACAGUGGAAGUGCUGGAUCAGUAAAUGCUAAUUUUGCUCAUUUUGAUAACUUCCCCAAAUCCUCCAGUGCUGAUUUUGGAACCUUCAGUACUUCCCAGAGUCAUCAAACAGCAUCAGCUGUUAGUAAAGUUUCAACGAACAAAGCUGGUCUACAGACUACAGACAAAUAUGCAGCACUUGCUAAUUUAGACAAUAUCUUCAGUGCUGGGCAAGGUGGUGAUCAGGGGAGUGGCUUUGGGACCACAGGUAAAGCUCCUGUUGGUUCUGUGGUUUCAGUUCCCACUCAGUCAAGUGCAUCCUCAGACAAAUAUGCAGCCCUGGCAGAACUAGACAGCGUUUUCAGCUCUGCAGCUACUUCCAGUAACGCAUAUACUUCCACAAGUAAUGCUAGCAGCAAUGUUUUUGGAACAGUGCCAGUGGGUGCUUCUGCACAGACACAGCCUGCUUCUUCAAGUGUGCCUGCUCCAUUUGGAGCUACGCCUUCUACAAAUCCAUUUGUUGCUGCUGCUGGUCCUUCUGUGGCAUCUUCUACAAAUCCAUUUCAGACCAAUGCCAGAGGAGCAACAGCUGCAACCUUUGGCACCGCCUCCAUGAGCAUGCCCGCGGGCUUCGGAACUCCUGCUCCGUAUAGUCUUCCCACCAGCUUCAGCGGCAGCUUCCAGCAGCCUGCCUUCCCAGCCCAAGCAGCUUUUCCUCAACAGACAGCUUUUUCUCAACAGCCCAAUGGUUUUGCAGCAUUUGGACAAACAAAGCCAGUGGUAACCCCUUUUGGUCAAGUUGCAGCUGCUGGAGUAUCUAGUAAUCCUUUUAUGACUGGUGCACCAACAGGACAAUUUCCAACAGGAAGCUCAUCAACCAAUCCUUUCUUAUAGCCUUAUAUAGACACUUUACUGGAACGAACUUUUACGUGGUCACAUUACAUCUCUCCGCCUCUUGCACUGUUGUCUUGUUUCACUGAUCUUAGCUUUAAACACAGGAGAAGUCUUUAAAAAGCCUGCAUUGUGUAUUAAACACCAGGUAAUAUGUGCAAAACAGAGGGCUCCAGUAACAACUUUUAACCUGUGAAUUGGCAGAUAAAGGUAGCGGUAUCAUGUAUAUUAAAAAUUGGCUAAUAUUAAGUUAUUGCAGAUACCACAUUCAUUAUGCUGCAGUACUGUACAUAUUUUUCUUAGAAAUUAGCUAUUUGUGCAUAUCAGUAUUUGUAACUUUAACACAUUGUUAUGUGAGAAAUGUUACUGGGGAAAUAGAUCAGCCACUUUUAAGGUGCUGUCAUAUAUCUUGGAAUGAAUGACCUAAAAUCAUUUUAACCAUUGCUACUGGAAAGUUACAAAGUCAAAAUUGGAAGGUUUUAUUCAUUCUUGAAUUUUUCCUUUCUAAAGAGCUCUUCUAUUUAUACAUACCUAAAUUCUUUAAAAAUGUAGAGGGAUACCUGUCUGCAUAAUAAAGCUGAUCAUGUUUUGCUACAGUUUGCAGGUGAAAAAAAUAAAUAUUAGAAAAUAUGCUAUUGUUUUUGUGUUCUUGCUGCAAUGCCUUUACCAAAGUGGCCUUAAAAUAUGAGUAGUGAAUUGAGAACAUCUUGAAUUCUUAAAUUAGAAUUUCAGAAUACUUCUAGUGAUUAACUUUUAUGUCUAAAAGAGAAAAUUUUAUAAAAAAAGGCCAUGUAGAAAAUUUAUUAAAACUAAUAUGACUGCUAUAUUCAGGAAUAUGUCAGUGGUAAAGCAUUUAAAUGUAGCUUGUCAGAUUCACCGUAAUCCUUCUAAUUUCUUUGCAACUUCUUAAUUUUGUGAAAAUUUGUAUAUAUGAAGAAUUUGCAUGUAUGUGUAUUUACAGAUUUUUUUAAGUAUCUUGAAUUCUCAGACUGCAGAAGUCCUAUUUUAACUAUUGAUUUUUAAACAAAAAUACUGUCUUUGAAUGUAUUGGAAGCAGACAUGCAUUAACUGUGACAUGAUUGCACCUCAGUUUUUUUUUUUCCUUUGUUUGGACAAACUGAUAUUAUUAAAAUAGGACAUUUAUUUAUGUUCCAUUUCUGGGGGCAAAACAAACUGGAACCCAGUGUUACCUUAAAGUUCUAGAAUACUUUGUUUAAAAAGGCAACGAUACUAAUGUUUAGUUAUAUCUUUUUGUUAAUAGAUGAACUUGUUUAAAUAUUUAUGUACAGUAAUGCCUCAUUCAUUAAGACGUAAUCUAGCAGUCUUCAUCAAUACAGAACACAGCUGAGAAACUUGGAAUAAUUCUUUUUAAAUGCUUUUGAGCAACACACAUUAGUCACAAAGUGUCUAUAUAUUUGUUUUUAUGUGAAAUUUUGAUUAUUUCAUUUCCCAGUCCUAGAGUAUUAUUAGCAGUUCAGAAGUGACAGUUUGGAAGGAGAUAGACAAACCAUGAAAACCUGUCGACCAUUUAGUUUAAGGACAGCCAGGCCAGCCUCGAGGACAUCACUGUAUGACAUCAUAUUCUGAUAAUAGUCUGGUACUUUGACUCUGUGUCAUCAAGAAAAGGUAAAGUUACGUAUACAAAUAUGUAAUACGUGUUUGGAAAGUUUUAUCUUACCAUGUUUAAACAAUUUUUUUAAAGCUUUGGUAUUAAAAGAAAUGAACAUCA